UCUCUCACUGUGCUUGAAGAGCGUUACCACUUCAGCCCACAUCCUGGAGCUGGCCACCCGCCUCUCCACUCCUCCUCUCCUCUCUCCUCCAGAGCAACGCAUGGACUCCAGCAGCUUGAAGAGAAGACAGUGAGGAAAGCAACUUUUCAGGAGAGAGAUAAAUGGUGGGAGGGAAGUCUGCUGUCGGUUUCCUGGACUGAGCUGCACGUGGUGGAGUCACAGUUAUCUUUUCCUGUGUGUGUAUAUAUAAAUAUAUAUAUAUACAUAUGUGUGUGUUUUGUGAAGUGCUGGAGCACGAACUGGACUGAAGUAGACUUGUGGAUGCAACAGCAAAGAGGAGGACCAGCUCAAAGAGAAGAAAGAAGUGAUAAGACGCAGACUGCAGUGGCAGGGAUUGGACUGAGGAGACCGGAGGUUAGAGAUAAAGAGGAGGAAAGUAGAAACUCACCAGACCUGACAAUUGUCUGCUCUGCCAGUUGCAGCAAACCUCCUUCUCCCCCUCUCCCUCUCCUCCCCCUGACAUGGGCCGCCUGCUGGCCCUGACCCUCGCCUACCUGGCCCACCUGCUGGCCGUCGCCAUCGCCUCGGAGCGCCAACAGCACCGCGUGCAGCACGGCCCGUGCAGCUACACCUUCGUCCUGCCCGAGGUGGAGCACUGCCAUCCCCUGAAGGACUUCCAGGUCACCAACACCCUCCAGAGGGACUCCCCGCCCGAGCCCGAGCCCGAGCCGGACCCGAGCCAAUCCAAGCCGGGUAAGGCCCAGAAGGAGAGGUCUUCCUGGCAGGAGAGGAAGCUGGAGAGUCUGGAGAGUGCGAUGGAGAAUAACACCCAGUGGCUGCAGAAACUGGAGAACUUCAUCCAGGAGAAUGUGCGCUCUGGGAUGGAGGAAAUAAAGCGAAGUGCGGUGCACACCCAGACGGCCGCCAUGCUCGAGAUGGGAACCAACCUCCUCAGCCAAUCAGCGGAGCAGACUCGCAAACUGACGGACGUCGAGACUCAGGUGUUAAACCAGACAAGUCGCCUGGAGAUCCAGCUGCUCGAGUACUCGCUCUUCACCAAUCGGCUGGAGAAACACAUUCUCCUGCAGACUCAGGAAAUCUCACGGCUCAGUGACAAAAACAGUUUUCUGGAACAGAGGCUCUUAGCGCUGGAGGCUCGGUACGGGAGGGAGCGGCAGGGCCUGCAGAGCGAGAAGCAGCAGCUCCAAGAGCUCCUGGAGAGGCAGAGUCGACUGGUCGGCCAGCUGCAGGGCGAACUGGGCAGCUCCACGCUCAACAGCACCUCGCUGCAGAGGCAGCAGGCCUCGCUCACCGACACUGUUCAGCAGCUGCUGGCCAUGGUCAGCCACUGCAAUGAAAUCUCCAGUUCGCCCAAAGAGGAGUCGCUUGGUUUCAGGGACUGCACGGAGAUCCUGCGAUCCGGAGUGACAGCGAGUGGAAUAUAUAGCAUUCUCCUCCCCAACUCCACCCAGACCGUGAAGGUGUUUUGUGACAUGAAGACGAGAGGUGGCGGGUGGACGGUGCUGCAGCGUCGCACCAACGGCUCCGUCAACUUCCACCGCGGCUGGAGGGACUACAAAAUGGGCUUCGGGGAGCCGUCUGGGGAACACUGGCUGGGAAAUGAUAUCAUCCACAAGCUGACGAGCUCCCAGGAAUACGGUCUGCACGUCCAGCUGAAGGACAGAGAGGGGAACGAAGCCUUCUCCCAUUACGAUCGCUUCUACGUAGACGGAGAGAACCGCAACUACAGUCUGCACGCCGAGGGCUUCAGCGGCACAGCUGGACGCACCAGCAGCCUCACCCACUCUGGCACCCAAUUCAGCACCAAGGACAGAGACAACGACCAAUGCACCUGCAAGUGUGCACAGCUGGCGUCAGGAGGUUGGUGGUUUGAGGCUUGUGGCCCGUCCAACCUGAACGGCAUGUACUACCCCGCCUCGUCCAGCGUGGUCCGCUACAAUGGCAUCAAAUGGUACUAUUGGAAGGGUCCAAAUCUGAUGGCCACUACGACAACCAUGAUGGUGCGGCCGGCAAACUUCUGAUGGCGAAGCUCGUUCAGGAUGUCAGUCACCUCAAGUGGAUAUCACGGAUAAUGCCCAGAAAAUGGGGUAUUCUGGGAGGAAUCAGACAACUCAGCUUCUGGACAUCUUGGAUGGGUGUUUUAGCAACUGCCUGGGGACACACAGACUCUCAGCAGAGGAAUGUUUGGGAGAUUCCCGAGUGAGGAAUUCCACAAAAAAAGGUGCCCAGACUAUAUUUUAAUAAGGACUUUUGCUUAGAGUCCAGCUGAGAGAAGAAGGAAAUAUAGUGUAUGAGCUUGGCUACCGAUGACAACUUAUCACAAGAACACAAAUCUAAUUCUGCAGUUACACAUUACCAAAUACUCAACCCAAAACUUAAUCCAACUAAUAAACUGAUUUACCUAUUUUGAUAUCAAAAUAUAAAACCUUGUGUUGUGUAUUUGUCUAUUUGCUGUAUAAAGGUGUUUUUAGGCAACAUGUCACCACUGCAUAUAUUCACAGACAGCUAUGUGUAUAGUUAACAGAAAGUUAUUUAAUUAAAAUAUAUUCUCGACCAAAAAUCUUAACAUCGCACUCAAUACUUUAUAAACUUUGAUAUCAUGUAAUGUCUGUUUUUCACUCCCCCAUUAUUCUUCACUGAUUAUAUAACUUUAUUCCAAGAGACUGCAAAGUAUUUGUACUUUAAAACUGUUCAAUUCGUACAACAUGUAACAUUAAACAACCCACAGUGACUUA